UACUUAGAAUGGGAGGUAGGGUGUCACAGUAAUGUUUGUUUUGCCUGCUGAUUUUUAGACAAAUUUUACAGGGUAAAAUGUCACCGACAAUUGGAGUAAAUUUACGAGUUACUGGACACUGUAAUCAGGGUGGGAGAAAGUAUAUGGAAGAUGCAUUUGUUGUGGCUUAUCAACAAACUGAAGAUGAAAAAGACCUUGAGUACGGCUACUUUGGAAUUUUUGAUGGACACGGAGGACGCGAAGCAGCUCUAUAUGCAAAAGAACAUCUCAUGAAUCAUAUAGUGAAUCAAAAGAAUUUUUGGUCAGAUAACGACGAAUUAGUAUUAAAGGCGAUCAAAGAUGGUUUUCUAACCACACAUUUUGACAUGUGGAAGGAAGUUGAUAAUUGGCCAAGGACAUUUUCUGGUUUACCAAGUACUUCAGGAACAACUGCAAGUGUGGCUUUCAUAAGGCAUGGAAAAAUGUAUGUAGGUCAUGUAGGAGAUUCUAAAAUUGUCUUGGGAUGUCAAGAUAAAGACUCUAAUAGUUGGGUUGCUCAGCCACUAACUAAAGACCACAAGCCAGAAUCCCCAGCAGAAAGACAACGUAUCCACAGUGUGGGAGGUUCUGUGAUGAAUAAAGCGGGUGUAGAAAGGGUUGUGUGGAAGAGACCUCGUAUUGGUCACAAAGGACCAGUCCGUCGAAGCACACAUUUUGAUCGUAUUCCAUUUCUGGCUGUUGCCAGGUCACUUGGAGAUUUAUGGAGCUACAAUUACUUUCAAGGGGAGUUUGUGGUCAGUCCUGAACCAGAUGUAGCUGUUGUUACUCUGGAUCCGAAGCGAGAUCGCUGUAUAGUUCUGGCAUCAGAUGGGUUAUGGAAUAUGAUGACACCCCAGGAUGCAGUGAGAAUUGUUCAGGAAGCUGAACAUGAAAAUGAACGCCUCAUCUUGGAAGCAGGACAGACGUUUUUAAUGGGUAAACCUGUUAGUAAUCCGUCUAAACUGCUGGUGGAUAGAGCCUUGAACCGAUGGUAUAGCUUGAAAAUGCGUGCUGACAACACAAGCGUUAUCACAGUUAUGUUGGAUCCCCCUGGACCUCCUAAAAGUGAGGUUCUACUUCGACAACGAAUGAUGCAGAGGUUACGACCCCGUGAUGAACAAGCAGAGGUUGUUCCAGAUAGCAUGAGUGAUGACACAGCUGACAUGAAAAUCAAGAAACCUCCAGAGCAUAAUUCAUUCAGGGAUUUUACAGAAACCUCAGAUUCUUUCCAAGAUUCCAAAUCAUCAUGUCUCCCAAGGCCUGUUGUUCUUUCGCCAAAAAAGGUGGUAGUUGUGAAGCAUGAAAGAUCUGAUGCAUCCAAAAACAAUUCUAAUCCAAACAUAAGACUUAAUGCUGGGUGGCCAUCCCAUCCUUUUAGUAGGACAAGCCCCACCCAUGGUUGCUACAAGAUAGGUUGUUCUUGUCAGAUGCUCAGUUCAGUUGCAAAACAUGUUUAUCCCUCAGCAAAUGAAGCUCGUCCUCCUGGUAGCUCUUUGAACAACAUACUGGAAAUUGUGGACAAGAAGUUGAAAGCAUUUGCUAACAAAGAUGAAAACUCAAAGACCCUUGCAGAGCAUGAUAAUGAAGAAUCUUGGAAACCUUUACCAGAAAAGCCAUCUAACCCUUCCCUUGCUGACUCAGUCAAAAAUAGCAGAGCUGUAGGAAAUCCUCCUGCAGAUAACCAGGUGGAGACAAACCCUAGCACAGACAGCAUGGUUAAGUUGUGGAUGGACACACAUGACAAGCUUUCUGAACAACAAGAAAGCCAUGCAGGCAGUGCCCAUUGUAGACCAAUUGCCACGACCAUUAUUGGAAUGAAAAGGAAAUUAUCUGCUGAAGAAAGCCAUAAAUUUAUACCUCUGAAACACCUCAGGCCUCAUAACAGAGCACACUCAUGGACAGGAGAACCUCUGUCUAGUUGCAAAAUGAUAAACAGAAACAUAUACUUGCAUUCCACAAGGACACGUCUACGCAUUCGCAAGAUCAAAGUAUAAAAUCAAUAACAAAGGGACUCCUGUACCUGGUUGCCUUUAAUAACAUUUAUCUCAUUCAAUGAAGAAAACCAGUAAGUAGUGAUGUUAUGGCAGAUAUAAUACUUAUUAAUUAUUUAAUUUUUUUUAUGAGCACAAACCAUCAGAAUUAUAUUUUGUUAAAACUUUUAAACAAGAAUAUUUUUAAUGAAUUAGAAAUAUGUCAUUACCAACCUGCUAACAGUUACAAUCAGAAAAAUAUAUUUAAAGACAGUUAUUUUUUCUUUCUUUCUCUGAAAUGGCUGUUAAAUACUUAUAAUUUGUACAUAAAAUGGGGUUAGAUGGAUGUGAGAAUGUAUUGAAAGAUGUUUAGGAAUUUUAAACAGUAUAAUUAAUUUAGUAAUCUGUGAAUGUCUAUUUAUUAGUUGUUGUUUUUUGUAAUAUUUAAAUAAUUCUAAGGUAAUUAAUAUUCUGAACUUUCAUGUCAUUACUUUCAAUUAUUAAAUAGAAAAACAUUUUUAACAGUUUUUAGUUUAACAUUUUGUGAAGAACCUACUAAACUGAAUGAUUAAUUCAAAAAUACAAUAACAGAAACCUUUACAAUUAAGAAGUUUUGAUUUUAAUUUUUGAGAUGUUUCAAACCAUAGUAUUUGGUCAUUGUCUGAUACUGUGAUGACUCAAUACUAUGGGGUCAGAAUGUUGGAAUUGUUAAAAUAAGAAGUUGCUUACUGUAAAAGUUAGUUAUUGUAUUUUAGAAUUAAUUUUUAAUUUAGUAAUGCUGGUAAGCCGAUUUAUAAUUUCUUUUUUAUGUAUUUUGAAUUGAAGAAAUAAGAUAACUGUACAUAGAUAGAUAUAUAAAUGCAUAAAAAGGCAUGAAUUUUGGUAUGGCUCUUUUAAAAUGAUUAUACAUAUAGUGUGUCAGUCCAGAGUUCAGUUCUAUCCGACUGUUGUAAAUAUUUCACACAAUCAUCUGAAGAACAAUUGUGUAUUAUCAUUCGAUUUUAGGAGCAAUAAAAUACUUCCUCCAAAAA